AUGCACGGUUUUGUCCAAGGCUACCCUUCGUCGAGGCCAGUGACUGCUGGUUCGUAUCAAUGUUUAUUGCCACGCCAUUUGCAGCUCAAGAAAGCAAAGACCAGCGUUCUCAGCAAGCCGCGAAACACCACAAUCAAGGAAGCUGUGGUGUCCUUUGACGAGUUGAUCCACGCGAUGCCCCUUAAACUUGCACAAACCAUGACGCCACUCGUACGGCCGAUCCUUGAGCAGUGCCGUGGGCCAGACGGGACCGUCGACUUCAAAACGACACGAGCAGGCAUGGAGUGCACAAGUCGCCACAUGGUCGAGCGCGAGAAUGAAGGCGAGGAAUGA